AUGCCGCCGACUCUCAAACGUCUUGCAACAGAGGAUGGAAGCGUCUCUCCCCCACCAUUGAAGCGCACAGCACCUUCGGCCAGCACAACCACAAGCUCGGCUGUUGCCAACUUCUUUAAACCAGCUUCACAAAAAGAUCCCGAAAAAGUGGCCUGGAAGGUCAUUGACAACACUCUGUUGUACUGCAAGUAUGACAAGACAGAUAGCUUUGCUGCAGACAGACCACGUAAAAUUGCAGCUUUUGACUUCGAUUCUACUCUGGUUGAUGCUAAAUCGGGCAAUCGCUUUGCCAGGGACGGGGAUGACUGGAAAUGGUGGCAUACACAGGUCCCCUCAAGGCUGAAGCACUUAGCUGAGGAAGGUUACCUGCUAGCAAUUCUGAGCAACCAAGCCGGUAUCAGUAUGAACAGUGCCUCCAAGACUGUCAAUUCGGACAAGAAAAGACUUGCCGACUUCAAGCAAAAAGUCAAGAGUGUCUUCACGCAACUCGACUUGCCCAUCGUCCUCUACGCAGCCACCGACAAGGACAAGUUCCGUAAACCGCGUACAGGAAUGUGGGACAAGUUGCUAGAGGCACAAGGCUUGACUCAGGACGGCGACGUUGAUCUUGAGGCCUGCUACUUUGUUGGCGACGCGGGGGGCCGAACAGCUACCACAAGAGGCAUCAAGGCAGAUUUCUCUUGCUCAGAUAGGGAUCUGGCUAGCAAUAUUGGCAUCAAAUUCAUGACCCCAGAAGAAUUCUUCCUCGGAGAGGAUCCUCGGCCUUUCAAUCGCACGUUCGAUCCAUCUGCACAUGUAUCACCAGUCCUGACAAGCAACGCGAGUCCCAUAGCCUUUACCAGGAAGAACGAUCUCGAGCUGGUCAUCUUCUGUGGAAGCCCUGGAGCAGGAAAGUCCACGUGGUUCCAACAGCACCUGAAGCCGCUUGGUUAUGAACGUAUAAAUCAGGACUUACUCAAAUCUGUGGCCAGGGAGCUUCUCGAGGACGGAAAGUCGGUAGCAGUUGACAAUACCAAUGCCGACACCAAGGCUCGCGAGUACUGGACACAACUGGCAGAGUCGCUCGAAAUUCCUAUUCGAUGUGUACACUUCACGGCCCCAUCCAAGCUUUGUGAACACAACGAUGCGGUUCGGUCCAUCGCAGGUCAACAACUAGGAAUGAACCCAGAGUCGAGAACUAUGCUGCCGAGACAGGCAUUUACUGGAUUCGCAGCCAGAUACAGNCCCCCAACCCUGGAUGAGGGCUUCGUCGACAUUACCAAGGUCGACUUUGAGUUCUCUGGUACCGAGGAGCAGAAGACCGCAUGGUCGAAGUUCUGGGUGUGA